AUGACGGAGUAUUUGAAGGAUAUUGGGCGUACAAAGCCUGGGGAUCCCAUGCCACCUAUUAACCUUGGGCCUUACGAUAAUCCACUGCUGUGGAAUAUGCUUGAUCCUUUUGGUGCUGAUCGUGGGCAUCAACGUAGGCCCAUGUCCGUCUCUCGUGAUUUUAUGGAGUUACAUAACGUUCCAAUUAUAUUUCGUGAUCAGUGCGUGCAUCGCUGGGUGCCAUUUCAUCGCUGCCUGAAGAAUCUAAAACCUGUUACGUGGGGUACAGCGAACUGUCACGAGUUCGAAGAAGCGUGGAUGAUUUGUCGUGCCUACGAAACUUACCGAAAUCAACUCCUAAAGACAAAAUUCAUGGAGCUUACGAAAGAUUACACAGCUGAGGAUAAAAAGUUUUUCCCUAGUCUGCUUCACUUAAGUGUGCCCACUUACAUGAACUCGUUUUACUGGACAAUGGCUGCUUCACAGCGACUUAGUGGAUGGGAUGAGAGAGACCCCGCGAACCCCAUGACGUGGCGCGAGCCGAAUCGAGCCCUGAUGCGGGCGGAGUUUUCCCCCACAAACUGGGAGCAAGGGAAUUUAACCAAUGCAACAGGUCACAAACUUAUUACUGACGACCUCGUGUUCGACAUGGUGCCGGGCUUCCCACUUCCAGAGGACAAAAGACCCGAAACAUUAUAUUAA